AUGGCGUCCAAGUACGCCAAUGGCGCCUCGAAUGGCUCGGCCAACAGCCGCCAUACAGUGACGGCCCUCAGCAGAUGGUCCAUUCUGAACAAGCAGCUGCCUGCCGUAGACAAGAUCAACGCGAUCCACGUAUACGACUUUGACAACACCCUCUUCCAAACCCCUCUGCCGAACCCGAAACUUUGGAACAGCCCAACACUGGGUCAGCUAGGCAGCCCCGAAAUCUUUGUCAAUGGAGGCUGGUGGCACGAUUCGCGCAUACUGGCGGCAACGGGUGAUGGCGUCGAGCGAGAGGAAAAACGAGGAUGGGCAGGCUGGUGGAACGAGAAGAUCGUCGAGCUGGUGAAGCUGAGCAUGAAAGAGCAAGGUGCUCUUUGCGUGCUGCUGACUGGCCGAAGCGAACGGGGCUUCUCGGAGCUGAUCAAGCGUAUCGUCACGAGCAAGAAACUUGAUUUCGACAUGGCUGGUCUCAAACCGGAGGUCGGGCCUAACAACGAACGAUUCCGCAGUACCAUGCAUUUUAAGCAAGGCUUCCUCGAGGCUAUGAUGGAGACAUACAAGGGCGCGCAGGAGAUUCGUAUAUACGAGGACCGGCAGCGACAUGUUUCCGGCUUCAAAGCGUUCCUGGCCGAUUACAACGAGCGCCUGCAAAGGCACCCCGGCACCUCCACUCGAGGACCAAUCGUCGGCGAAGUAAUCCAAGUCCCGGAAAUCGCGACCAGCCUAGACCCGGUUGUCGAGGUCGCCGAGGUGCAACACCUAGUCAACAGUCACAAUGCCAUUGUUGACCAAGAACGAGGCCGAGGCGAGCGCCUGGCUAUUAGGAAAACUGUGUUCUUCACGAGCUACAUGAUGCAACCCGAAGAUACGAAGCGACUAAUCAAACUUGCAGCCCCAAGCAUGCCUAACGGCGAUCUGAAAUACCACGCAAAUACCAUCAUCAUCACCCCGCGUGCGUGUCCCAAGCACAUAUUAGACAAGAUUGGUGGGAUGAAUGCGAAGAUGAAGUGGGAGGCUACGGGCAUAGGCUCCUGGGACAACAGUAUCUGGGCCGUGUCCGUCAGGCCGGUGCCUGACAACGCCAAGUACCACACAGACCAGGCCAACCCAAUGGUGGUGAUCGCAACGAGAAGGAGCGCCCGUCCAUCGGAUGCCAAUAAGAUUCGGGACUGGCAGCCUUUGCCGCCGGACAGUGAAAUGGUCUUCGAAACCGUGGUAGGCGAGAAAGUCAUGCUACGCAUUGAGCCCGAACAGUCCGUCGAGAACGGCAACAGUGGUCUCUCCUCAAACAGAGGAAAGCGAAAGUAUCCUGGAGGUGACGAGGAUGGACGACCACGUAAUUCUAGCGGCAAUUACGGCAAUAACUCUCGUGGCUACCAUUCGGGCUACCAAGGACGGGGUGGCAACCAAAGAGCUGGCUUCCGCGGAGCCGGUGCUGCUAACAGAGGUUACCGCGCCAGCGGUCGCGGCGGAAAGGGGAGCGGUCGUGGCGGACGCGGCAAUUAUAAAUCAUUGGACGACGUGGGACCACGCGAGAACCAGGGGGCCUUCGGCUCCCACGCUUCCGUCUCGUAUGAUGACAGCUUUCCCUCGUUGGGGUCGCAGGGUGGUAAUGGAUAUCAGUCGCAGGCGCCCCAGUACGGUCAGCCUUUCCAGCAGCAAGGGGGAGGCCACUGGCAGGGCCCUGGUGGUGGCUCAGGGGGGUUUGGCUCGGGUGGCCAUGACGCGCAGAAUUUCUACUGA